AUGAGUCAACUGCUCACCUCGCGCCAGGCCGAGGAACUACAUAAGUCUAUGGUUGCAUAUCUGCUGAGUAUAGGCAUGGCUGAAACUGCUGCAGCCCUGCGGCAGGAAGCCAGGCUGACCGAUGCUGAAGGCUUUGACGAUGCUACCGCGAAGAAGUACGAGACGUUGCUAGAGAAGAAAUGGACGUCCGUUGUGCGCUUGCAGAAGAAGAUCAUGGACCUGGAGGCCAAAAACCAUGCUUUGCAGCAGGAGUUGGAUAACGCUACACCUCUGUCUUCGAAUCGCAAGAUCGACCCACAAACAUGGCUGCCACGAAGUCCACCCAAACAAACAUUAGCAGGCCACAAACAGCCUGUGACCAGUGUCGCUUUUCAUCCAGUCUUCAGCGAUCUAGCCUCCGCUUCAGAAGAUGGAACUAUACGGAUAUGGGACUACGAGCUAGGUGAAUGCUUGCGCACCUUAAAAGGACACACCAGGGCCGUGCUGGAUCUUGACUUUGGUGGUCCAAGAGGUGGCACACUCUUAGCUUCAUGCUCAUCUGAUCUGACCAUCCGACUUUGGGACCCUAGUGACGAAUACAAGAACAUCCGCACCUUGCCCGGCCAUGAUCACAGUGUCUCUUCUAUCAGGUUUAUCCCUUCUGGAGCAGCCGGCGCUCCUUCUUCUGGUAAUCUUCUGGUCUCCGCCAGCAGAGACCAAACCCUGCGUAUUUGGGACGUGACGACCGGGUAUUGCCUCAAGACUUUCCGAGGACACACCGAAUGGGUUCGGGCAGUAACACCCUCGCUCGAUGGCCGAUGGCUCCUCUCUGCCGGAAACGAUCGCGUGCCACGUCUCUGGGAUACCAAUACCGGAGAAGUAAAAAUCACUUUUGAAGGCCACGAGCAGUUCCUCGAAGCUGUCGCAUUCGCCCCUCCCUCAUCGUACAGAUACCUAUCCGACCUCGCUGGCUACAAAAAGCCACCACCGCCACAAUCUCAUGGCGAAUUCCUCGCCACUGCCGGCAGAGAUCGUGUUAUUAAGAUCUGGGACAACAGAGGCACCUGUCAUAAAACGCUCGUCGGUCACGAUAACUGGAUCAAAGCUAUUCUUUUCCACCCUGGUGGUCGAUACUUGCUUUCCGUCUCGGAGGACAAGGCAAUCAGAUGUUGGGAUCUGAGCCAGGAGGGGAAAUGUGUCAAGGUAAUAAGCGAUGUGCAUGAACAUUUCAUCACGGAUAUCAGGUGGGCGCCGGACAUGAACACGCAGGUCAAUGGAAGUGCGAACGAGACCAAUGGGAGUUCGAUACCUGGCCAGCAGGACGAUAAAGGUGGUGGAGCCGCGACUACCAGGAUUAGAUGCGUAAUUGCCACGGCCAGUGUAGAUUUAAACGUGAGGGUGUUUGCUGGCUGA